ACUGCCUUCCCGCGCAGUCAAAACUGUUCAGUCAGACGUCUGAAUUCACGGUUAAUUUAUUAAAAAUGGACGAGUUAUAUUUGGAUAACAUCGACGAAUUUGUCAACGAUCACAAUAAGAUAGUGACCUAUAAAUGGCUGAGUCUCACUCUGGGAGUCCAUGUCAACACAGCCAAACAGAUGCUAUACCAUUACUUGGAUCACAAGAGAAAGGAAAGUUCCGCUCAGCUUCAUGCCACCUAUCUUGUAUCAGGGAAAUGUGAGGAUAAUGGUCAAAAGAGUCACAAAGUGUCUGUCGUCAGGGAGGAGCAGUUGGAAGAUUUUAAAUCCAAGAUGAGUUUGAUCGUCAGCGUCCAUGUGUACAGUGUGCAGAAGGCUUUACUGAAAGACAGCGGUCCACUCUACAGUGUUGACUACGAUGCCAUGAAAGACAACCUGAAGAACUGCAGCAGAUACAGUGCGAUCCGCUGUGCCAGCGCAGUUCCCAUGUCAUCUCUGGAGCUGCAGCAGGCGAGAGAAAUGCAGCAAGCCCCGACACCAGAGCCUGAACACAAGAAACCCAGCAUGAAUGGAGACAUGGUUAAUGGGACAUCGAAACCUCCUGCCAAGCCACAAAAAGGCAUCAUGGGAAUGUUUGCAAAUAAGACAGCUCCUAAGAACCAGGAUGCUGACAAAGACAUUAAAACAGAGCAGAAAGAAGAGGAUGCUCCUGUGGCUGAUGCAUCCAAAAACAAACCAGCUGCAAAGACCAAUCAUAUGAUGAACUUCUUUGGCAGUCAAACAAAGAAACCAGACAAACCUGUGAAGGAGGAGGAAAAAGCUCAGUCAUCAUCCACAGCAGAGCCGCAGUGUCAGAGUUCAAAAGCUGAAGAAAAACAAGAAGCUGCUGCAGCAGAACCACCGAAAAACUCUAAGAAAGACUCCAGGAGUAAAACCAAGAGAAUCGAGGAUUCUGACAGUGAGGAGGAGAAGAUGGAGAAGAAAAAGAGACGAAGGAUCAAGAAGCCAGAACCAGACAGCAGUGAUGAAGAUGUUAUUCCAGAUUCUCCACAGCAAAUGGAAACAAAAGAAAAAUCACCAAGUCCGAAGAAGGUGAUCGUGCCUGUUUCCCACUCACAUCAGAACAACUCUGAAACAAAGACAAGGAAGAGGAGACGAGUCCUGAAAUCUCGCACCUUUGUAGACGAGGAAGGUUGCAUCGUGACAGAAAAAGGCUACGAGAGCGAAUCCUACUCUGAAACUGAAGAUGAUGUUCAGCCCCCCAAACAAGCUCCAAAAGUACCUGUCCCUGCAAAACUACCCACUAGUAACAAACAAGAUGAGAAGAAGAGUCAAAAGAAGACUUCUGCUAACGCAAAUAAAGGAAGUAAACAAGCUUCCAUUAUGGGAUUUUUCCAAAAGAAAUGACGUGGAUGGCUGUGUCUGAGACUUGAAGUGGCACUGAAGAAGAAUAAGCACUGCUGUUGACCUUUCUCAGUUAUGCUCCUUUCAUUGUCAAAUGAGAAAUACAAACAACUUCUCAGAGACUAAAACUACAAGAACAUGACCAAUUCAAGAUGAUGAACUCUUUAGUUUUGACCCUCCUGUUACCCAGUGUGAAUGAAAUA